GUUCACUCAAGUUCUCGUUCUAAACAACAACUGCAGUCGACUAGAAGUCCGCAGAAAGCACAAACAUAUCAUGGAAUUUUUGUUAAUAUUGUUGGCCUUAAUAACAUUGGCCUAUUUUGCGAUACGACGACAUUACAGCUAUUUUGAGCAACGUAAUGUGGUCUACGAAAAACCCAAUAUAUUCUUGGGCAAUAUGCAUCAAGUGGGCAAAACGCAACCUUUAAAGCAGCCCUUUUACGAUUUCUAUCAAAAGUUCAAGGGCAAGGCCUUGUUUGGUGGUUUCUAUUUGAGUUUACGUAAAGCUGUUAUACUAUUGGAUUUGAAUCUGAUACAACAGGUGUUAAUAACCGAUUUUAAUGAUUUUGCUGCUCGUGGCAAUUACUACAAUGAAAAAGAUGAUCCGCUCUCGGGCCAUUUGUUCAAUUUGGAUGGUCCCAAAUGGAAAAGAAUGAGAGCAAAAUUGACUCCCACUUUUACCUCGGGUAAAAUGAGAUUUAUGUUUCCCUGUGUAGUAGAAGUGGGUCAGAGGUUUGUGCAAGUACUCUCUCAGCUGUUGGAGAACAAUAAUAAUACAGAAGAAGGUUUGGAAAUACGCGAGCUAUUGGCUCGUUUUACCACCGAUGUCAUAGGUUCCUGUGCUUUCGGUUUAGACUGCAACAGCCUAAAAGAUCCUAAUACUCAAUUUCGUUUAAUGGGUAAAAAAGCUUUUACCACACGUCGUCAUGGCCGUCUAGUAUUUUCCUUUGCUCAAGCUUAUCCCCAUCUCGCCCGUAAAUUGGGCAUAGCCUUGGCUCCUCAAGAUGUUACGGACUUUAUGAUGAAUGUUGUCAAACAAACGGUGGAGUAUAGGGAACGUGAAAAGAUUCAUAAAAAUGAUUUUAUGAAUUUAUUAAUUGAAUUGAAAAAUCGCAAUGAUACCGAGGGUUUGUCUUUGGAGGAAAUAGCUGCUCAGGCGUUUGUUUUCUUUUUGGCCGGUUUCGAGACUAGUUCCAGUACCAUGGGUUUUGCUUUAUAUGAAAUGGCAGUGAAUCAGCAUAUUCAAAAGAAGGCACGGCGGGAGAUUAAUGAUGUUCUGAAGAAAUAUAAUAAUGAGUUGACGUAUGAAGGAGUUAAGGAACUGAAGUAUCUGCAGCAAGUAUUAUUUGAAACCAUGCGAAAAUACUCCAUCGCUUCCAUCACCAUGCGUAAAGCUCUCAACGAUUACAAAGUACCCAACUCUCCCCAUACCAUCGAAAAAGGAAUGGUUAUCAUUAUACCCAUAGAUGCCAUACAUCAUGAUCCGGAUAUUUACCCCAAUCCCUCAGAAUUUAUACCCGAACGUUUCACACAAGAAGAAAUUGCCAAAAGACAUUCAAUGUCUUGGCUGCCAUUUGGUGAGGGACCACGUAAUUGCAUAGGCCUAAGAUUUGGUAAAAUGCAGGCUAUGAUUGGUUUAGCUUUGCUAUUGAAAAAUUUCAAUUUUACUUUAUCGCCCAAAACACCAGUGCCAUUGGAAUAUGACGAGAAAUCGUUUGUGUUGACCGCAAAGGGAGGAAUAUUUUUAAAGUUAGAAAAGGUACAGGAAUAGGAGGGAAAGGGGAGAAAUUUUAAGCUUGUGAUAAGUUGUGGUAAAUGUGGUAAAGUAUUAUUAUAAUUGGUAGUAGUUUAGUAGUUAAAAUCAAUUUUAGCAGAACAUUUUAUAAUUAUAUGAAAAUUUUUAAUUUUAAGACAAAACUUUAUAAAGUUAUAAUUAAAACAGUGCUUAUAAAUAAAAUUGCAUUUAUGUUAAAUAAA